UUAACUUUAUCGUGGUGGUGGUCGUUAUGGAGUUUGGUGAGGAGUCGUCGCCAGCUUUGGCUUUCGAAAAGGACGCGUUUGAGCUGACUGUUGAAGAUGUUUAUGACAUCUCAUACGUCAUCGGGCGAGAUUUGUUGAAAAUUAGCAGUAGUGGUGAAGAGGUGUCGGAUUUGCAGUUCAGGAUAGUCCGUGUUUUGGAAAUGUUCGAGACGCUGGUCAAUAAGUACAACUUGUCUCUAGAGGAGCUGAAAAUGGAGCGAGACAACUUGAAGAGUGAGCUGGACAGGAUCAUCAAAGAGAGCUCAUCCGGGCAGGGCACGCAAACGGCAGGUCCAAACCAACUGGUGGUGGACCUGACAGACCCCAACAGACCACGCUUCACCAUGCAAGAGCUGAAGGAGGUCCUGCAGGAGAGGAACCAGCUGAAGGCUCAGCUCAUGGUGGCUCAGGAGGAGCUUCAGCUGUACAAGAGUGGGAUUCUGCCACAGGCCGAACCAGCCAUGGUGGAAGUGGAGCUGGACACACCAGCAGCUACAGAGCACAGUCCUCCUCAAAUAAAUGAUGCAAAAGAGGAAAAAACAACCAUAAGCAAACUGUUUUCAUUCAGGCGAAAAUAAGACAAACCACUGACAGGAACUGACCAUGUAGAGGACAAACAGGAUUUGUCGGCACAAUUUUCUCAGCAGCAGUUAACCACUUUUUUAUUGUCUGUUUUUUUACAAUAUGUAUUUGUCAAUCUAACAAGCACUGUAUUUUAAACCAGUGAUUUUUACCUAAUAUGCUAAAUAGUGAUACAGAGUUGCUGUAGCAAAACUAUAUACACUGUAUCAUGUUUGAAGACAUCAAAUGAACAGAACUGGCAAGUAUUAUGUAAUUGGUAUUGGUGAUCAUUUUGAAUGAAAAUUGAGUUAUUUAUAGUCUUGGAAAAGUACGUUUUUAUGAAUCUAAAUGAAGUCUUAAAAGAAGCAUUGUUGUUCUAAUAAUCUAAAGCACAUUUUCCCUGCUUUCUCUCUCCCCUCAAAAUGUUAAAGAACAA